GUGCAGGAGGCCAGAGUUCGCGCCCAGGUCACGAUAGGAAAUGUGGGAUGUAUGACAAAGUGGCACUAGAAUAGGUUUUCCCUGCCAUCAUUCCACGAAUAUUUCCAUAUGCGUUCAUAUAUUGAGUCGAUGGACAAAAGACCCGUUAGACGCUCAGUUCCACAGUCUCGUCCAUCGCAAAAAUAACUGUAUUUCAUGUGACAAUUAUGCGACAUCGUGUACAGUGACACCUCAAUUUUAUUUGCACGCUGAGAAACAUAUACAAAACCAUUUAAGUAACAAAGGCAUUCAGUUUGAAUUCACAUAUUAAUAUCUUAGUAGCAAUUUUACGACAAAGGUAUGUUCGUUACAUGACCGAAGCACUGUAACCAACAGUUGGGGUCGAUGACCAUUUACACGUCAACGAGUUGUUACCAUGGCGGUUUAAACAGCUGAAAUUGAGAUAAAAGAGGUGCAUUUUAAAUAAUUUGACUAUGGAAUAACCCAAUUAUGCCACACUUUUCAAUUCAUAGAACAUAACGUGUUCUUGUAUGGAAAUAGUGGUAUUCCAUACAAAAAACAACAGUCUUUUGCUACGCACAUGACGUCAUGGUCUGCCCCGGAAAUGGAUAAUUCAAGAUGGCAGGGAACCUGCAGAUGUUUUUAUUCUUGUUUAAAUCGAAAUAUCGCCGAAAAUAUUACUUUCGGCGCUCAUUGUUGUGUCUUGGUAUGAUAUAUUCUUUCGUAGUGAGCGUGGUUUCUAGUACAAAUUGUACAAGUGUUCAGUGUGUGAACGGAAAGUGUGAAAAUGACACAAACUGUGUUUGUUUUGAUGGUUGGCAAGGCCAGUACUGUCAAUUUUGUGGGGGUAAAAUUAGGUUGACAGAGAAGACGGGAAUCAUCCAUGACGGUCAUGGUAAUUAUUCCAUUGACGUAAAGUGCAGUUGGUUGGUGGAUGCAGGAGGUGCUCCAAAUGCAACAAUUCGCUUGCACUUGGAAGAAUUUGCCACUGAAUGUGGUUGGGACCAUCUUUAUAUCUUCGAUGGAGAUAGUGUGCACUCCCCUCUUCUUGCAGUGUUUAGCGGGCUUAUGUACAAGGAUGGCUACAGCAUCAGGAGGAUACCUGAGGUGGUGGCGCAUUCUGGUUCAGCAUUGCUGCAUUUCUACAGUGAUGUUGCAUAUAACAUGACAGGUUUCAACAUAUCCUAUAGGUUGAAUUCUUGCCCAAGUCGGUACUCACAUGUCAACUGUUCGGGCAAUGGGGUGUGCAUUGAUGGCGUGUGCACGUGUGACGCUUCGUACAUGGGCGAUGCGUGUGAUGUGCCUGUGUGUCCAAACAAUUGCAGCAACAGCCAUGGAGUGUGCAACCAUGAGAUGCACCGCUGUGACUGUGAACAAGGUCACAAAGGAGAAGACUGCAGCCAGUUGGCUGAUCUUGGCUACUGGGAAGUGGUGCAUUUAAAAGACUUCGUGCCAGAGGGCUCUGCGUCUCAUGGGGCAGUUGUGUGGAGAGAUUCCUUGUAUAUUGUAGGUGGCGAAUCUUAUCACAGAGCGAAGAUGAUCUAUGUGUAUGAUUUUAAUGGAAAUGUUUGGGAAACACCACACCUGGAUUCCAAAGUUGUGCCUCGGAUGAGGUAUGGCCACUCUGCUGUUCUGUUUGGGGAUAAAAUUUACGUUUAUGGUGGUGUGGAGGAGAAUGGUGUUGUAUCAAAUGAACUGUGGGCAUUUGAUGUGAGUGCAAAGACUUGGGAAAAUAUUACUGUUCGCACUGAACAGUGUAAUACCACUGCAUCCAAUUCAACAUUUCUCUGUGGUCCAUUGAGGUCUGCGGGUCACACUGCAACUGUAGUCACUAGAUCAAGUAAGAAGUCAGAGUGCAUGAUAGUCAUUUUUGGCCAUUCACCAGUGUAUGGUUACCUGAAUACUGUGCAGGAAUACCAGUUUGGCACGAGAGACUGGAAACUAAUUUCUACUCAAGGGUUUCCAGUAAAAGGUGGCUAUGGUCAUAGUGCAGCGUGGGAUCCGCUUAGCCAAAGAAUCUAUGUGUACGGAGGUUUUAUGUCAGAGAGCACCUCCACACCCGUUCUGAGCAGCAAGCUGUAUUCCUUUGAGCCGAGCACUCGCACAUGGAUGAUGCUGAUGCCGGCGCCAUCAGCUCGUUUUCUCCACACAGCGACAUUCUUGCAUGGUGGACUGAUGAUUGUUUUUGGGGGCAACACCCAUAAUGACACAGCGCACAGCUUCGGAGCCAAGUGCUACUCGUCAGACAUGUUGGUGUAUGAUGUGACAUGUGACAGUUGGAGCAAACUACUUGUACCUCAGGGACUGAGGUCAGACUUGGCUCGCUUUGGUCAUUCAGCUAACAUCUUUGAGAACUCACUGUAUAUUUAUGGAGGCUUUGAUGGACAGAUGCUCUCAGAUAUGCUUAGGUACCGGUGUCCAGAAGAGAGCCGUUCGUCCAUUGCCGCUUCCAUUAUUGCACACUCAGAGCUGUGUGCUGGGUUUCCAGAUUGCCUGUCAUGUGUGCACACGUCUUUUCAGUGCAUGUGGUGUGGGAAUGGAGGCUGCAGCUAUGAACGCUGCAGGGAAAAUAGUGUGAAAAGUGCCUCUGUGGGCAGAGAAGUUCCAAAUCACCUGUACCAAAGCCGGAGUGGCAGUGAGGGACAGAAGUGUGAAGCGAAUGAGGGACCAGUGUGCCAUCAGCUUCAUAACUGUCAGGCAUGCAGCACGCACAGCAGCUGCCACUGGGACUUUGAACAGCGCUGCAAGUCUGUUGGGAAUGUCACAGAGCAACAGGAGCCAGUAGCAUGCACGAGUAGUUGUUCUGAGUUCACGUCCUGCCUGAAUUGCACCGUGGAAGAAUGCAUUUGGUGCCAGAAUGAAGGGCGUUGUGUGGACAAGAAUGCUUACACUGCUUCAUUCCCGUAUGGCCAGUGUCGUGAAUGGACCACUCAUCAAGCCAGAUGCCGUUCCACGUCUGGCAAAUCUGCUUGUAGUUUUUAUCCGACCUGCGUAGAGUGCCGGGAUGACCCGGCCUGUGGGUGGUGUGAUGAUGGUUCUGGGACGGGUCUGGGGUUGUGUCUAUCCGGUGGGAAUGCUGGUCCAAACCAACCCAGCUGUGCAGCGGGUCAAUGGUUCUUCACAGAAUGUCCCACUUGCCAGUGUAAUGGACACAGCACAUGCCCAGCCAAUAGCAGUUUAUGCAUCCAACCAUGUGCCAACCUCACUCAGGGCCCACACUGUGAACAUUGUGUUCUUGGUUACUAUGGGAACCCAGUAAAUGGUGGAAAAUGCAUUCCAUGUGAGUGCAAUGAUCAGGGCUCUGAGUGCCAUCCGGAUACUGGGAAGUGUUACUGCACCACGAAGGGUAUCGCAGGGGACCACUGCGAACGCUGCGACACACAUAACCACUAUUAUGGUGACCCAACUAAUAAAGGUUCAUGCUACUAUGAUCUCACAAUUGACUACCAGUUCACAUUCAACCUGUCAAAGAAGGAGGAUCGUCACUAUACGCAGAUAAACUUUAAGAACAGCCCCCCAAAACCUGAUGUCGAUGCCGAUUUCAGUAUCACAUGUUCUGUCAUGGCGAAGAUGAAUAUCACCAUGAAAACUGCCAACAGUGCAGAAAGGACACUCAUUACGAACCACAACUGUACGUCGUUUCGAACACGCUUCAACAAGGCAGAUCAUAUCUUUGGAGUCGAGGACAACGUCACAUUCACAACGUUCUACGUAUAUGUAUAUGACUUCCGCCCACCGCUGUGGAUACAGAUUUCAUUUUCACAAUAUCCAAAACUGAAUCUGCAGCAGUUCUUCAUCACCUUUUCAACCUGCUUCUUGCUGUUGCUUCUCGUGGCUGCCAUUCUAUGGAAGGUCAAGCAGAAAUAUGACAUGUACAGACGGCGCCAAAGGUUGUUUGUGGAGAUGGAGCAGAUGGCCAGUAGACCAUUUUCGCAGGUUCUAGUGGAGAUUGAAUUGCGGGAAAAGGCAGACCUCUGUUCAAAUACAAAUCCUGCAACCCUCAGAAAGAGGAAAAAGGACUCACCCAGUCCGAUUGCUCUUGAACCGUGUUGUGGGAACAGAGCUGCUGUCCUCUCUCUUCUUGUUCGACUGCCAACAGGUGGUGAGGUGUUUACGCCUUCAGGACAAUCAGCAGGUUUGGCAAUAGCAUCAGCACUGGUGACUCUGGGUAAUCCUCGUAAAGUCAGCAUUGACCCUACAGGAAAAGCAGACGCAAAGUGCAAAUCUCGUAAGUCAUCCAGCCAGCAUCCGGAGAGCUGCAUCUAGUGUAUGGUGGUGUUCAGUGUCGCUACUGUGUCACGAGCAAGCAAACUGCGUGCAUUACAACACAAGAUUAUAAUUACUGUACUUUAUUGAACAUGCCUUUGUUUGACGUACUAGUGAUGUGCGAACAGAGUUUUUUUUAAGUCAAGUUGAGUUCGAACCGAACAGUAUUAAAAUUCUUGAGUUUCGAGUCGAGUUCAAUCACCUUUUAUUAGGCCUAUUUUGUUCGACGCCAAAGAGUACACUUCACUAGAUAUACGUUAUGGUUCAGAGCUAUCUUGUACUUUUUCCUCUUGUGACUGGAUCAGGAUUAUGUUCAUUGAUUUCUUUCUCAGUUACAUUUAUUGCUAACUUGACCUCAUCUUCUGACAACAGCGUGGCUUUAAAUCUAUGAUCCAUAAACAUCGCUAGAGCGUUUGGUUUCAUUUUCCGGUAAUUGGAAAAAUUAGCUUUGAUUUUAUGAAAUUCUCCAGCAGUGUUUGUAUGCAGAUUAUUAGAGGAAUUACCAUGGUUCUCCACUUAAUUCUAUGCGUGCUAGGUCUAUAGGUUGUAAAAUGUUGGCCAUUUCAAUUACUGUCUGCCAUUCAGCUUGAUUAAAACAUUCCACCUUGCCACUCUCUGCUAACUCGGCAGAAACCGGUUCACUCUGUUCGUCAAGUCUACUAAACGUGUGAUACUCGCAGCUCCAUCGAGUAUUAACAUCCUGAAUGAGAUUGUGUUCAGGUUUUAUUCUCUUGCUUAUGACCGAGUCUUUCUCGUACCUGAACACCAAGACCAUGACGUCGAACAAUUCAUCUUCGUUUUUGGCUCAGUUCGCUGAAGUCUGGUGUCAAUUUUUUUGUAUCAGUUGCAUUGUGUGGGCAAGACAAGGGAUAGAAAUCUGUUGUGUCGCAGAGAUUGCCGAUACCAUGCUUCUGGCGUUAUCAGUAACAACGUGCAUUGGUAUUGUAUACGCUUCUAAAUUCCAUUCCUCUAAAUCAGUUUUCAGUUUUUUAUAUACCGCAGAUCCUGUGUGCUGUCCAGGAAAUUAUGAAUUGGCGAGACUGGAUCAUUCCAUUAAAAAAUCACACGUAACAGAAAUAUAGCUGUCUUCUGCUUGGGAUGUACAAUUAUCUGUGGUCAGUUAUAGUGAUGAAGCGGAAUCUAAGUCUUCGGUUAAAUUUUGUUUGAUUUCUGACUUGCAGAUUGGAAUACGUUUCAAGUAUAACACUUCUAGAGAAUACAGUUCUUGAAGGUGCUUGAUAUCUAGGUUCCAUUGUAUGCAGGAACUCUUGGAAUCCGCUACCUUCCACCGCUGAAUAUGGCUGAUGAUCCAGUACCGUCAUUUUUCCAAUAGCCGAGGUAACUGCUUUCGCUCAAGGUUCUGAAGGACUCAUUUUCACUGCUUUCACAAAGCCACUGUCAGCUGUUUUGAAGUUUCUUUAGUUGUCCCCUUUUUACUGGUAAUUUCUUUCUGCUUCCAAUAUUCUCUAUUCUGAUGUGGAUGCUCGGCCAAAUGUCGAAUCAAUGUUGUGCUUCCAGUAGGUAUUUUGAGCGAAAGUUUGCGCAUAUUGCACUGUGCAUCACUGUUUGAUGUUGAAGUAAAAAGAGUUCCUCACAAGUGCACCUUUUUGAGUUUCUUAGUCACUGAAUUUUUAGACAUUUUUUAUUUUGUUACUUAAUGGGGUAAAAAUAUUAUUGAAAUAUAGUUAUUCACAUAUUACUAAGCUUGUUACGCUGCAAAGGAAUUAAUAAUAAUUGCUAGUAGCAGACGUAACAGUUCUCAACUUCCUUAAAAGUAAAAAUUGCACAAACACUUCACAUAACAUUUAAGGAUGGAAAAUUUGCAUGAACUGUGCAACAGUAAAAAAACUUAUAUGUGCAAUGUAUUUCAUUAAUAAGUGGAAUUCAAACAGUGCCUCACUUUUAGUGCUCGUUAGCAGCGAUAAAUAGUCCUGUUCUAGUUUUCAGGCGUUUGGAUUCUUAUUUCUUCAAAGUGGUUAAUUGUUUUUGAUUACAUACAUUUUUG